CUUGAGAGUGAUCUCGUAGCCCAUUUGCCUUCGUCGAUCAUUUGCUGCCAGACAGCUGCGCUAGGUUCUACACCUUUUUUCUGUAUCGUUGCGUAAGACAUUCUUUGUAUGUCAUUGCGGGACCUUGGCGAACAUGGAUACCCAGGUGCAUUCCACAUCACCGUAUGCACCCGAACGGAACUCUACCAUGUUUGUACUGCAAAGCACCGCGGUUGCAGGGCUGACAGGUUCUACGCUGGGCGCCAUAUUCGCCGCCGUACGAGGUCAAAGUCGGCUAGCAUGGGCUUUCAGCAUGGGAACAAAUUGGGUCCUCGCGUUCGCGCCGUUUUUUGGUAUUAGAGAAGCUGUGCUUCAUUACCGAUAUCAGAAAAACGCGGCAGAGGGAGUAGAUAGCUUCAGGAUGCGGGAUAAAGAUGAACUAAUAUCAAGUAUCACAUCUGGUGCUAUUGUUGGAGCAGGCAUGGGCCUGAUAUGGCGUGGUCCCCGUGCGCUACUCUCGGGCUCCCUCAUGUACUCCUUACUGGCUUGCGGUGGUCAAACUCUCUAUCUCGUCGGCCGACAAUGGCGGCUACGCACCGCCUUGCAACAACGUAUUGACAACCAGUCUCCUAUCCCUGACCGAGACCAAGGGUUCUCUCUUUCUCGAUUUUGGCAAAUGGAGAUUCUCCGCCCAGAUCCGAGUGCCAAACCAGCGCCAGCGGCAGAAAUCGAUCCUGUGGGAUCCUUGUUCGUUUGGGCGAGGGAUAAGAUCAAUGCGAAUGUGGAUCUACCGGAUUGGACCAGCCCACUGCUAAAUGCGUGGGAUAUCGAGUAUAGGAAGAGGUUAAAUAUUAGAUUAAAGAUUCUAGAGUCACAGGUUGGCGAGCUGCGAGAGACAGUUGGAACGCUGAGAAAAGAUGUUGGAGAGGACAAUGUCCGAUGAACCAGCGUCCAUCGUGAUGCUAGAUAUCUGUUAAUAUUCGCUCCAUAGACUUAAGAUUAGUGAAAUCGAGCACGCUCAGUGUCCCGAUUUCACCGUGUACAUAGAUGCAGAACUAUACAACAUUCCAACA